AUGCGUCCCAUUACUUUCCUAAGCCUUCUGGCUUCUUCUUUCUCUGCUGCCCGCGCUGAGGACCUUUCCGGGUACGAGUAUGUCGUAGUUGGUUCGGGUGCUGGUGGCGGUCCAGUUGCGGCUCGUCUAGCCCUGGCCGGCCACAAAACGCUCUUGAUUGAAGCUGGAGAUGACCAGGGUGCCAAUGUCAACUAUACGGUACCGGCUUUUAAUGCCAAGGUGUCCGAAGACGACAAGGUAUCCUGGAACUUCUUCGUACGUCACUACGCCAACGACACGCAACAGGCUCGCGACUGGAAGACCAGCUACGAUACCCCAGAUGGCGGCAUAUAUACCGGUCUCGACCCCCCGGCAGGUUCUGUCAUGAAGGGGACACUCUACCCAAGGACCGGCACGCUUGGUGGCUGUACCGCGCACAACGCCCUGAUCGCCGUGUACCCUCACGAGUCUGACUUUGAGUAUCUUGCGACCCUGACCGGUGACUCGUCAUGGUCUCCAGACAACAUGCGCAAGUACUUCGUCAAGCUCGAGGACAACAACUAUCUCACCACUGAUGUCGUUGGACACGGCUAUGAUGGAUGGCUGUCGACCGAGAUACCGCCCCUGAGCAUCGUCCUUGGCGACCCACAGCUUCUCGAGGUCUUGACUGGUGGCGCAUUCGCCUUGGGCAAUGUGACUGGUAGUGUUAUCGAUCUGGCUACCCUCGUGGCUGGUGAUCUCAACGCCGACGGUCUCGCCCGGGACCAGACCGAGUCUUACUACCAGAUCCCCCUGAGCACUCACAACUCCUCCCGCACUGGAUCUCGAGAAUUCGUUGUCGCUGUGCGCGAUGCUGUCAACGCCGACGGUUCCAAGAAGUAUCCACUUGAUGUGCGCCUGAACUCCCACGUCACCAAAAUUAUCUUCGACCAGACACAAUCGCCUCCUGUUGCUACCGGAGUCGAGUUCCUCGACGGUGCGCACUUGUAUAGUGCUAGCCCCUUGAGCACUGGCAGCACCGGUACUCCUGGUUCUGUGAAUGCUUCCCGUGAGGUCAUCAUUUCUGGUGGCGUCUACAACUCCCCCCAAUUGCUCAAGCUCUCUGGCAUUGGCCCCAAGGCAGAGCUCGAGUCCUUCAACAUCUCCGUUGUCGUCGACCUCCCCGGUGUAGGAACCAACCUGCAGGACCACUACGAGAUCUCCGUUAAUGCCAAAGUGCCGACCAAUUGGACCGCAUUUGAGGGUUGCACCUGGCAAUUUGACGGCGAGGCAGACGCGUGCCUUGACCGCUGGGAAAACCCCGUCCUUGGCGACCACGGCACCUAUGCGUCCGCUGGCCUUGCUGCGACAAUGCUGUACAAGAGCACCGUGACGGCCGACAACAGCUUCGACGUCUUCGCGUUCGGCGGUCCCGUCAACUUCCGGGGCUACUUCCCUGACUAUAGCUACAACGCCACUAAACUGCAUGACUGGUUCAGCUGGGCCAUCCUCAAGGCUCACCCGCGCAACCGCGCUGGCAGCGUCACUCUCCGCAGUGCCAACCCACUUGACGUUCCUGAAAUUGUCUUCAACUACUUCCAGGACGGCGCCGACGAUGACCUGCAGGCACUCUACGAGGCAAUCGAGCUCGCCCGCGACGCCUUCGCGCGCCAGCUCGUGCCCACCGUUGAGUCGCUACCCGGCAACACCACCGCUACCGAGGAUGAGAUCAAGCAGUACGUCCGAGACGGCGCCUGGGGCCACCACGCCUCGUCGACGUGCCCUAUCGGCACCGAUGACGACCCGUAUGCUGUCCUCGACUCUAACUUCCGUGUCCGCGGAGUCCGCGGCCUUCGUGUUGUGGAUGCCUCUGUCUACCCGCGCAUUCCCGGCACAUUCACUGCUGUUUCGACUUAUAUGGUUGGCGAGAAGGCAGCUGAUGUUAUUUUGACUGGGCUAGCUGGGAACUCAACGACAAACUCCACGACUUCGGUCUGA